AGGCCACUUUGUCAGGGAUUAGCCUGUUCAUGGGUCGCCCACUCAACCAGUUGAGCUAUCCGGGAACCCAGAGUUAACUGAUAUUUUUAACAAAUGCAGAAGAAUCAAGCAAGCAGAAUGUCACUAGAAAGCUCCAAGUUCAUUUUUCCAGGUGAAUAAAAGCCAUUUUGGUGUCCUUUGUGUGCAGUGAUGAGACAAACGAAGGCCCUCGGGCCUGGUUCACUUAUUGUGCUGAGCUGAUACAUAAGCAGGGGAAUAUGGGUGUUCCCCUUCCCAGAGGUUUAAGAUGUCAGGGCAGUGAGUGCUAUUAUGGCAUGGUGGGCCUUUGUCCGGAACAGGGUGGAGGAAUGAAGAUAGAGGUGGAGAAGAGGGCUGAAGAAGGAUGCUCGAGGACAGAGAUUCGACUCUGUGGAGAUAGACGAAGAGGAGAGAGCAGCAGAGCAGGCGAGUCCACGCUUUCUGCCUCACAACCACAUCAGACUCAGAUAGGACCAGGAGACAGGAAGAUAUGAGGCUUCCACUCUUGUGGCUGUUGAGUCUGUUUGCGGUGGAGCAACACUGCUCGAUAGUUGACCUGAAGGAAUGCAAUGAUGCAGGCAUCAAAUGCCACCCACAAGCUGAUUGUUUGAAGUUCCAAAAUCGGUUCACCUGUGUUUGUCGUAUUGGCUACAUGGGUGAUGGUGAGAUGUGCAUCGACAUUGAUGAAUGUCUCACUGGCCUCAGCAGUUGUCACCGAAGAGCUCGCUGCAACAACACCCUUGGAAGCUAUAGCUGUGUCUGCCUUAAUGGAUAUGUUGGAGAUGGCAUCAGCUGUCAAGACAUUGAUGAGUGUCAAAACAACAAUGGAGGUUGCCAUACAAAUGCCAUUUGUACUAACAUCGAGGGAAGUCGAAAGUGCAGGUGUAGAAUUGGCUUCAGGGGCAACGGCUUCCAGUGUGAUGAUGUUAACGAAUGCUUAAACCAAGGGAUGUGCCACUGGAACGCCACUUGCACCAACAACCCCGGGUCUUAUGUGUGCACCUGUAAUGCUGGAUAUAAGGGCAAUGGAAACUACCUUUGCCUCGACGUUGAUGAAUGUUCAGAGACUCCUCGUGUUUGUUCUUCGUUGCUUGGAUAUAGAGGCUGUAAAAAUCUGCCUGGUAGCUACCGCUGCACAUGUAACAGUGGCUAUGAAAGUAAUGGACGGAGCUGUGUGGACAUCGAUGAAUGUGCAGGCAACUUCUGCAGUCUUUUUGCAGACUGUGUAAAUACCAUGGGGUCAUACCAGUGUACCUGCAACAGUGGAUUUGUAGGGAAUGGACUGACUUGUGCAGAUAUAAAUGAAUGUAAUGCGGAGAAUGAAUGCCAUCCCACUGCUGCUUGUAUCAACAGGCUGGGCAGUUAUGAAUGCUCUUGUCUGGAUGGUUUUGUUGGAGAUGGGCGACUGUGUGAAGACAUUGAUGAGUGUGCAACACUUAACAUCUGUCCUGUUACCACUACCUGUGUCAACACUGGUGGGUCAUAUUACUGCGACUGUGGCACUGGCUUCAUCUUCAAUAAUUCAGAGUGCCAUGACCUGGAUGAGUGUUUGGCAGGACGCUGCAGUCCAUAUGCAUCCUGCACAAAUUCUCCUGGUUCCUUCUCUUGUCAGUGCAUGACAGGGUACAGGGGAGAUGGUUUCACCUGUGUGGAUGUGGAUGAAUGCUUGCUGGCUGAGCAGUGCCACUCCAAAGCGCUUUGCAUUAACCUUCCUGGCUCCUACAACUGCACUUGUCAGGUGGGUUAUUCUGGAAAUGGGAAGAUCCUUUGCAAGGAUGUUAAUGAGUGUUUGAUCGAUAAUGGAGGUUGCAGAAACAAAGCCGAAUGUGUCAACAGUCAGGGUUCGUUUUCUUGCCUUUGUCUGCCAGGAUUCAUCUUGAUUAACCAGACGAUUUGCCAAGAUAUAGACGAAUGCACAGAAAUGGACGAUCCAUGUGGAGUGAAUGAAGAGUGCAAAAACAUUGAUGGAUCAUAUGAAUGCCCCUGCCAGGUUGGGUACUAUCGCCCUGCCAGCAACAUGGACUGCGUUGAUAUGGAUGAGUGUAAAGACAACCCCUGCCACAUUAACGCCACAUGUCUCAACACCAUCGGGUCACACACUUGCACCUGUAAACGAGGCUUUGCAGCAAAUGGCAGCCAGUGCAAUGACAUAGAUGAAUGUUCUGCAGGGGAUACAUGCCACUCACGGGCCACAUGCACCAACUUUAUAGGGGACUUCCUCUGCUCUUGUCAAGAGGGUUUCAAAGGUGAUGGUUUCUCCUGUCUGGAUGUGGAUGAGUGCUCCCUCUCAAAUACCACCUGUCCUUCCUUCUCAACAUGUAUCAACUCCCCUGGUGCUUAUGUCUGCUCAUGUUUGAAUGGUACAGUGGCCUUCAACGACACAUGUGUGCUGCCCAGUCCACUGUGUGAACCUAAAUGCCACAAUCAUGGCCUGUGUCAUCUUUCACCUGUUGGGUACCAGUGUGCUUGUGACCUUGGCUACGAAGGCGAUGGACUGACUUGCUCUGAUAUAGAUGAAUGCCAGAGUGAAAAUAUUUGUCCUGAAAAUGAAACGGAGUGUGUCAAUAUCCCAGGAUCAUUUUCCUGUGUCUGCAAACAAGGCUACACUCUCAACGGAACACAGUGUGUCGAUGUGAACGAGUGUGAAACAGGGCAGCAGGUGUGCAGCGAGUUUGCCCAGUGUGUCAAUACAUGGGGAAGUCAUUCCUGCUUCUGUCUCAGCGGUUUCACAGGUGAUGGAAAGAACUGCUCUGACUUUGAUGAGUGCCAAGUCCAAAAUGGAGGAUGCCACCCAGUCGCCAACUGCACUAACACACCUGGAUCUUUCUCCUGUGUCUGCCCACUCGGCAUGGAGGGCAAUGGCUUUGACUGUCACGAUGUGAACGAAUGUGAGAAGAACUCUACCCUGCCACACAACUGCAGCACCCAGGCUUUGUGCCUCAACACCAACGGGUCCUACCGAUGCCAGUGUCACGACGGAUACCAGGGUGACGGCUUUGUUUGUGAUGAUGUGGAUGAAUGCCAGGUGGCCACAGCCUGUGGCAGCAACAUGACUUGCAGCAACAUUCCUGGUUCCUACACCUGUUCAUGUAUGUUGGGAGUGGUGUACAAUAAAGGCACGUGUGUGAGUGAAGCUACCUGCCUGAAUGCUAGUAAGAACUGCCACCCACACGCCAAGUGUCAUCCUUACCAGGGUUCCUUCUACUGCCAAUGUGCAGUUGGCUUUGAAGGGAAUGGCACUGACUGCUGGGACGUGGACGAAUGCGACCAAUCACAAGAUGAAGUCUGCCCUGCCUUCUCCUAUUGCUUCAACACAAAUGGCUCAUACAUCUGCAGCUGUUGGGAAGGUUUUCAAACCAAUGACACACAGUGUCAGAACAUAGAUGAAUGUGCGACGGGGAACUUCACCUGCCCUGACAACAGCACCUGUACUGACCUCGAAGGGAGCUAUACAUGUACCUGUGACCCAGGUUUCUCAGGCAAUAGAUCCUUGUGUUUAGACAUUAAUGAGUGCUCACUUGGCCUCAUCCAGUGCCCUAAUUUCUCCAACUGCAUAAACAUGGUUGGAUCUUCUGUCUGUGAGUGCUGGGAAGGUUACCAAGGCAACAGUACUACCUGUGAGGAUAUCAAUGAAUGCCUACACAACUCCACCUGCGGUGAUCAUAGCACAUGCGUCAACACUAACGGAAGCUACCUGUGCCUUUGUGAUCCCGGAUUUUCCAGCUUCAGUGACGUGUGUGUGGACAUCGAUGAAUGCAGUGACAAUGAGCUUGGGGAGCUUUGCACCAAUGGAACAUGUAUGAAUGCUGUUGGCUCCUAUUACUGUGAAUGCAACAAAGGAUUCAGGAGUAAUGUGACAGAGUGUGUAGAUGUAGAUGAAUGCUCAGACUCCCUCAACUCUUCAGUGUGCCAGAUCCAUUCCACAUGUGUCAAUAUCCCUGGAUCUUACCUUUGCCCCUGUCAUGAAGGUUUCAUUCUGAAUGGCACAGAGUGUCAGGAUAUGGAUGAGUGUCAUGACCCAGAUGGCACACCAUGCCCUGACAACUCAUUCUGUAACAACACAGCAGGUUCCUUCUUCUGUGUGUGCUCUCCUGGGUACAAACCCAUCAGCUUAGCCUGUGAAGAUAUUGACGAAUGCAACGACAACACCACCUGCCGCUUUGAUCAGGUGUGCACAAACCUACCUGGAGCGUACAACUGCUCUUGCCCGACGGGGUAUCACGAGGAGAGGCAGGCAUGUGUCGACACCGAUGAGUGCUAUUAUUCACCUUGCCACCCCUUGGCCCGUUGCUGGAACACACCUGGCUCCUACUCAUGCCAGUGCCCCACAGGCUUCGCUGGAAAUGGUUCUUGGUGCAAAGAUGUGGAUGAGUGUGUCGCCCUGACCACACCGUGUCACCCUCUGGCUCAGUGUCACAACACCCCGGGAUCAUUUGUGUGUGUCUGCAUAGAAGGCUUCAUGAGUGUCGGGACACUUUGCGUUGACAUUGAUGAAUGCCUGCAGGCAGAUGGGCAGUGUCACUCUGCUGCCACCUGCAUCAACUAUGUAGGAAGUUUCAAAUGCUCUUGCAAUCAUGGCUGGGAUGCCACCAAUGAGAACAAGCAUGGGAAAGGAGGUUGUGUGGAUGUGGAUGAGUGUGUGUCACUCAUGCCAUGUCCUGGCCAGUCAUCCUGUGUCAACCUACCAGGGUCUUAUGCCUGUUCCUGUCCAAGAAGCAGCACAGUGUGCACAAGGAUCACUCAGAAUGAGGGCACUCUGUACCCCUAUGGAGCAGAGGCUGGUGACAAAGAAGUGAAAAUAGAUGCAGAAGAUGGAAAUUCUCCAUACAUCAUCCCACCAAUAGGUUUCCCCUUCUUGGGGAAACUGUACUACAGGAUUUUUUUUUCUGAUAAUGGCCUCAUCCAGUUUCAGUCUGUCACUGAGAACGAGAAGUUUCUGCUCCCGUCUCCUUUUGCCAGCGGUUUCCCCGACAACAUGAAUACGACUCUGUUGGCGGUUUUCUGGGAUGAUGCUAACCUCACCAAAGGGAAUGGGCAACUGCACUAUCAGGAAUACCAUAAGCUGGAUGUGUCAGAUGUCUAUUCUGAGAUAGUGUUUAAUCGUACUGCAGAUGAGGUGAUGAAGUUUAAGGGUCUCAGAGGCAAGUCUGCUUUUAGCCCAUCCUGGAUCCUCAAGAUUACCUGGGACAAAGUGAUGCCCAUCUCCAUCCAGAACAUCAACUUCUCAGAGACCAACACUUUCCAGUGUAUCCUGACAACAGAUGGAGCACAGUCUUUUGCCCUCCUUCGAUAUGGGGAGAUGAACUGGGGUCCCGGGUUAAGAGAAAACCAUGACGCUCUGAUUGGCUACACAGAUGGAAAAUUGACUGUCAAGGAGACCACCGACCCCCUGGAAAACCUUUUCGGAACUGAGGGCAGAUACAGGCCUCAGCAGGUGAAAGGAACCUUGGGGAAGUUAGGCCAGCUGGUGUAUGAUUUGACCGGACCACCAGAGUUAGAAGUGGAUCCCGGAUUGAAGUGCCAGGCCUGGGCGAUGACAGAACCGGACCCCGCUGAGUGGACAGAGGUGUUGCCAAUCUGUCCCUGCACCCGCACCCAGGCUCUGGAGGAUCUGGCGUUCAUUCGGGAUACCACUGAUUCAGGUCCAAUGGCAAAGAGGCUGAGGGGUCAACGGUGGGGGGGCGCAAGAGGGCACAUUUUCCAGUCACUCCUGUCCAACAGAUACGGCUCAGGGAAGAGGUGCGCGUAUGAACCAGAUGGUCCCCUGCUGGCUGGGUACAACGAACGCUACUUCUCCCAACGCAGUUUACAAAAACAUAUUGAUGGAGAUCUCCUGCCAUUCCAGUGGUGCUGUAUCGACUCUCCUCUGUGCCACCUUUACCUCCACAAGAGGCCUGUGGACCGUUGCCAAGGUUACAGCUGGACCGGCCCUGAUGACUCCAGACCAUGCGACAAGAAGGCGACACAGGGUGUAGCAAUGGUGUAUGGCAGCCUCCAUUUCAUCACCUUCGAUGGGACGGAAUACUCCUUUAAAGCCCUGGGAGAGUUUGUGAUACUCCGUCUCUCAUCUGCCACUGGCUCUAAUAUCUUCACCCUGCAAGGACAGACUGACAAGCUACACACAGACACAGGGGGGAUCGUUGAAUCCCCAGUGGUGGUGCGCAUGGCUGCCUUCCACCAGGGCAUUGGCAAGAUUGAAUGGAGGUGUGCAGGGAACAGCAGUGGCCUGCAGGUUUUUGUAGAUGAUGUUGAGGUUCCAGUCACAGUUGAUGUUGUGCACAGGGAUGUGAAGGACUUUGCAGUGCGCUGUCUAUCAGUGAACCGCUGUGCAGCUGUAUAUGCUGGUGGUCUCCACGUGGUGGUGUGGAGAAGUGAAGGCUAUAAUCAGCUGAUGGUCAUGGUGGAGGUUCCUCAGACUUACUACAACCACACCGUGGGUCUCAUGGGUCUCUGGAGCUCCAACCGCUCUGAUGAUUUCCUCAUGUCUAAUGGUAAAGUCCUCCUCUCAGAGGACCUCAACCCCCCGUCUGAAGAGAGGCUGCGUCAGUUUGGCUGGACCUGGGCAGUCCCGGUCCCAGAGAGCCUAUUGUUCUCUUCACCUCCACGGGAAGCAUUAGAGUAUGUUUCCACUGAGAAGCUGCUGGAAACCGUCAGUCCCACUGAGGUGGAGGAGCUGAGGAGAACCUGUGAGCGCAGCAUGCAGUGUGUCUUCGACAUCCUGGCAAGUGGCCUUGCUGACCUGGGACAGAAGACUCUGGAUGCCCAAAAACUAUUUGAAAAACUGUCUCUGAUCUAUGGUAACACUCCUCCCAUAGUGACAGAGCCCACAGUGAUCUACAGUAAGGUCAACUCUGAGGUCAACAUUCAUAUUGUUGCCCAGGAUCCCAACGGAGACAACAUCAGCUACUCACUGCGCUUACCCAGGCCUCCACAGGCUUCUCUUGGCAGUGAUGGCUACCUGACAUGGACGCCCCUCAGCACCCAGCCUGUCCAGCUGACCAUCCAGGUCAGUGACAAACUCACCAGCUCCCUGUUCACCCCCAUCCUGCGUGUCUGCAACUGCUUAAAUGGAGGAACGUGCCAGUAUGACAGCAUCGCUGAAAGUCACCAGCAAGGAAAGUUCCAGGUGGUGGGGUGUUUGUGCCCAAAAGGGUUCAGUGGGACGUUCUGUGGGAACACUACAGACAUAUGUCGAGGCAAACCCUGUUUCAGAGGGGUGCAGUGUCAGUCAGAGUCUGAGCCUGGCCACUUCACCUGUGGAGCGUGUCCUGGUACUGCUAUUUCUAUCGGAAAAGAGGGAUACAAGUGCUUUAAACAUGACAUGUGCAGCUCACCUUUCCCCUUCCCCUGCCACAAAGAUUAUGCCAAAUGCAGCAGCACAAAAUAUAACUACACCUGCACAUGUAAGCCAGGCUUCACUGGAGAUGGACACAACUGCACAGAUAUAGAUGAGUGUGCGGCGCUCAUGGCCUGUGAGAACGCAAAGUAUGAGUGUAAGAACACACCCGGCUCUUUUGAAUGUGUCUGCAGAUAUCAAAUCACGAAGGACACCAAACGAUGUGGUGACGCUCCCAAUCCUCCAGGAUAUAACCUGUUUAACGUCUCCGUGACCUGGAGUGAGAACAGCGCUGAUGGACUCAAACAGCUGGAUGACGUUCUCAGGAAAGGUUUCGAGAACAAAUACUACAACAUCACUAAGACAGAUCCAGGACAGGGAUCCAGACCAGAUGAAUAUCGUAUCGCCGUGUCCAGUGACACACCCCACUGGUACAUCAUGGACUACAUGACCAGAGUCAGCAGCAACUAUGGCAUUAGACGCAUAGACAUUGAUGAUUUGGAUGAGUGUAAGGCCAAGGAGGCGGCAUGUGUCCACCCUGCCCAGUGCACCAACACCUACGGGGGCCACAGGUGUGUUUGCAAUGGCACAGCUGACGUGGAUAAAACCCAGUCCUGCCUAAUAGACAGAGGAAAAGCGGACAGAACGGAGUUGGAGCUUGUUCUGGGUCUGGUUCUGGGUAUUGGCAUCCCUCUGUUCCUGCUGCUGCUUCUGGUUGUACUGGCUUGCUUCUGCUGCUACUGCAAGAGGACUGUUACUGGAGACCUUCCCCACUUGAUGCCGGACUACAUCAACGAGCAGUACAACCCUCCACCCUUCAACUACUCAGACCCGGCUCUGCACUACAUGACCCACAGCAGCCCUCGGAUCAUUGACAACAUCACACCCAGGCACCACUACAGAUAGCACAUUCUAAAAGUUGCAAACACAAAUGCACAGCACUUUUGGAGUCAUAGCAUAUAUUUUAUAAUGACAAGAUGAAUGAUCCUUAUUUAUAUUGCAACAAAAUCAGUAAUUAAACCCAAGUGACUUUUAAAGUCAAUUAUUUCCAAUCCUCUCCGCUGAAUGAUGGACCUGCCAAGUUGGUGCUGGAAGUUUUUUCUGCCUGGACAUCAGUUUACAGUCAGUCUGACCCAGCAGAACUCGACAAUCUCUUGGCCAGAGACGCUGAUGAAAAGUAAACCACUGCAGUGGUCUUCAGUUUCCAGCUGAUACUGAGCCAAUAGUCUCUUUGAUAACAACAUUAGCGUUUAUCAGAAUACCUGGUGUCAGGCUCCUGCCCUCUGUUCACAAUUAUAUUCAGUAGGAGGUCACUGUGGUUCUUAUCAGUAAUGUAUCCACAUUUGGAAAAUCAGCAUCAUUCAUAACCACCAAACAUGGUUGAUUUAAUUUAUCUGUGUUAUUAUUCUGCAAACACUUCAAACCAUAGAAAGUAGGUGUCACUGUUUUCUGAAAGCAUUUAUCUACUUUGGAAAUUACACUCUAAAUUAUUGUUCAUUGCUGGAUUGUGUCCCAGUUCAAUUAACACAGUAGAGUAAUUCAGUGUUUCAGCUGAAAGCUGUCUGUCUGCUAGCUAAAAUCAUUUGUAAAUAUUUUAUGUGAAUAACUAAAAAGGCCACUUUAGCAACCCUG